GCGAUUUCUCAGCGCGGGGCGCCGCAGGCGCAGCCACGGGCCAGAGGCGGAGCUGUGCGGCCUGGCGGGCAGCUUCGUGGGCGCGAGCGAGGAGUACUGGCACGCCCCGGGAGCGGCACGGGCCCGGCAGCCGGCCGCGCUCGGCGAGCCGGACCCGCCGGGGCGGCAGGCGGCGCUGGGCUUUGGCGGCGCCCAGGGCGCGUGGCAGUGA